ACCUAACGGCCCGCCAGUGGGCCUGCCCAAAAUCAUCGUUUUCCGGCAUUAGCGACGCGCCGGCCUUUUAAAAGACAGCGCACUUAUCCGACUGCUCGGCCUGAUCCGACAUAUAAAAGUUGCGAUGAAAUACAGCCAGCCCAUCUUAUGAUCUUCUAGAUGUGGUGGAUCUGACCUACACCUGCCUUCGAUUAUUCCUAAUACUGACACCCCAUCUCCGUGAGGGGCGCUGGAUCCCAUUUGGACCUGGUCGACGAUAUUUCGCUGUGAUGGGAUUGCAUAACAAGCCUAUUCUCCAGAUUCCAUCACCAUGAUACCGUUUAUACACACCCCCUUCGUCUACCUGGCGAACAAGAUUGGCGCCGGCCCCGAUGAACUCAAGCUAAUUUUCUCCUUCCUGCUCUCCUACCCGCUUGCCGGCUUGCUGAAACGAGUCCCCGAUGCACGACCCGAGUAUAAGAACCUGUUUUCGCUGAGCAUCUCCAUAUUCUACCUUGUCGGCCUUUUCGACCUAUGGGAUGGUCUUCGAACGAUUCUUAUCUCGGCCGCAGGCGCCUACGCCAUCGCAAAAUUCUUCCGCGGGUCCCCCUACAUGCCAUGGAUCGGCUUCGUCUUCUUGAUGGGCCACAUGAGUGUGAACCAUAUUGCACGGCAAGCCGCAAAUAGCCCCAGCACGGUGGAUAUCACGGGUGCCCAGAUGGUCCUGGUCAUGAAGCUCAGCGCCUUCUGCUGGAACGUGGCCGACGGUGCUCUGCCCGAAGCAGAGUUGUCCGAUUUCCAAAAGGACCGUCGGCUGGUAGACUUGCCUAGUCUUCUCGACUAUGCCGGCUUCGUGUUUUUCUUCCCUAGCUUGAUGGUCGGCCCGGCUUUCGACUUCGCCGAGUACCGUCGCUGGCUCGAUACCUCCAUGUUCGAGAUACCCGCUACCGUGAACCCGGCCCACAAGCCGCCGACUAGACGAAAGCGAAAGAUCCCACGCAGCGGUACUCCGGCCAUGAUAAAGCUUGUGUCUGGCCUGAUAUGGAUCUUUUCUUUUCUAAAACUAUCAGGCUACUACCAUCACGAAGUUUUGCUCGGCGACCGCUACCUCGAGUACGGCUUCCUCCGACGCGUCUUCGUGCUGCACAUGGUCGGCUUCACUGCCCGCACAAAGUACUAUGGCGUCUGGACCUUGACAGAAGGGGCCUGCAUUCUCGCCGGGCUGGGGUACAAAGGGGUGGAUCCGGCGACGGGCAAGGUCUCCUGGGACCGCCUACGAAACAUCAACCCCUGGGAAGUCGAGCUUGCGCAGAACACGCGCGCCUACCUGGGGGGCUGGAACAUCAACACUAACAAUUGGCUGCGUAACUACGUCUAUCUACGCGUCACGCCUCGCGGCAAGAAGCCCGGCUUCCGCGCCACUCUGGCCACCUUCACCACCAGCGCCUUCUGGCAUGGCUUCUACCCGGGAUAUUAUCUCUCCUUCGUUCUGGCGAGCUUCAUCCAGACCGUUGCCAAAAACCUGCGCCGCCACUUGCGGCCGUUCUUCUUCUCCCCGACCAACCCGAACCAACCGCUGCCCUCGAAACGGUACUACGACAUCGCCUCCUGGCUGGUCACGCAGCUGACCUUCUCGUUUGCCGUUGCCCCCUUCAUGCUCCUCACCCUCCCUGCCUCCCUGCAGGCCUGGGCGCGCGUCUACUUCUAUGGCAUCGUCGGCACCGCUGCCCUGACCGCCUUCUUCGCCUCGCCCGCGCGGAAGCACCUGCGCAGGGCGCUCGAAAAGAGGAGUGGGGCUGUUGCCAAGGCCAAUGGGGCUGGUAAGGUCGGUGCCGGGAACGGGGAUGCGCGUGCCGAUGCGAAGCUCAGAUCGCCCAGCUCGGACAGCCUCGCCUCGCGCGAGCCGGUCAUGGGUAUCACCCAGGACUUGGAAAAAGAGCUCGACGACGUGGUGAGUGAGAUUCGCGAGAGGAAAGCUAGGUGAUGAGGAGUUUUUUUAGGCGGUGUGGAUGAUUGAGCAAAGGGGUGAUGUGGCAUGGAGCGGAGUGGGAGCAUCGUUGGAUAGGUAGUAACAUGUCAGUGGAAGCGAGCGAUGUCUCUUGAGAGAGAAUCUGUCGCGUAAUGGAUUUGAAAGAUGAGCGAGCAUCAGCGCUAUGGGCUUAUCUCCUUCGACCCAUAGAAAGGGCAAGUGCCUCUACUUAGAUCUCAAUUCGAUUGAAUAGGUAUCUAUCCGACAGCUAAGCGUCACCAGCUCAUACGGUGAAUAUGUACUUAGUAGUGUAAACAGUUACAUUAUGUCUACAUAG